CCGCUACCGUGGUCUGGUGUCAACCGGAACGCAGACCGUAGAGGUUGCUCAGACGUUCAACUCUCUUUGCUGCCUGCUUCGUCGUCGAGUCUUUCGUACCAUUUGACAGGAGUCAACGCUUCUGCUGAAUCACGUCUGUUUAUUUAUUCGCAUCCUCCUGUUGGCCCCAGCUCUCUUUCUCUACUAUCAUGGAUAAGCCAAUCUCCAUGGGAAGUGGUGAAGCCAUGGCCACAGUUUCUUCAUCUCUCAAGAAGCUUCUGCUGACAGAGGUAGAGCCACCCUCCCCAACAUCAGGCAGCAAAAUCACUAUUGUUGGAGUUGGACAAGUUGGCAUGGCUUGUGCCUAUGCAAUUUUGACACAGCAUGUCGCCACUGAAAUAGCCUUGGUAGAUAUGAAUGCCAACAAAUUGAAAGGAGAAAUGAUGGAUCUGCAGCAUGGUCUGACAUUUCUUCGAAAUGUGAGAGUCAAUGCUUCUACUGAAUAUUCAGUGACAGCAGGAUCUCGAAUCUGCAUUAUUACUGCUGGAGCACGCCAGCAGGAAGGAGAAUCACGCUUGAAUUUGGUGCAAAGGAAUGUGAAUGUUUUCAAGACCAUCAUUCCUCAGUUGGUCAAGUACAGUCCCAAUACAGUUCUCCUUAUUGUCACCAAUCCUGUGGAUGUCUUGACUUAUGUGGCAUGGAAGGUGAGUGGGCUGCCCAAGAAUCGGGUCAUUGGGUCAGGAACAAACCUUGACUCCUCUCGUUUUCGAUUUCUGAUGAGUGAAAAGUUAAGUGUUGCACCAUCCUCAUGCCAUGGGUGGAUCAUUGGAGAACACGGAGACUCAAGCGUGGCUGUCUGGUCAGGAGUAAAUGUUGCAGGUGUCAAAUUGUCUGAACUGAAUCCUCUUAUUGGUACUGCAGAAGAUCCUGAAGACUGGGAGGCUUUGCACCAGGAGGUUAUUCAGAGUGCAUACAACAUCAUCAAAUACAAAGGUUACACAUCAUGGGCAAUUGGAACUAGUGUAGCCAUUUUAUGUCAGGCCAUCUUGAGGAACCAACACAACUGCUAUGCUGUCUCUACUUUGGUCAAGGAUCAUCAUGGAAUCACAGAAGAGGUCUUCUUGUCCCUUCCCUGCAUUCUAGGAGAAAAUGGGAUCAAUUUCAUUGUCCACCAAACUCUCAAUGAGCAUGAAUUGAAGAAGCUCCACAAAUCAGCUAAAACUCUUCAAGGAAUCCAGUCUGAGCUUCAGCUUUGAAUCAAGGAUAUGUACCCAUCUUUCUCUCUCUCACAUGUCCUGUUGCAUUUUUGUGAAUUCUCCGCCCAGUUCCAUCAUUCUUUACUAGUAGUUGUGUUCCUGUAGUCAAUAUUGUAAUAUAUGCUUUUUAAUCUUCAUGGGUGGAUUGCAUAAAACUGACUUUAGUGCAAUGGAGCUUUAAACCUCUUUUAGCGCUGCUAAAGGAGGGUUUGAAGCUCCAUUAUGCUAAAGUCAGUCUUAUGCAAUCCAUCCCCUACUUUAUAGUACUGCUAAGGAUUUUUUGGAAGGUUGUGAAUGCAAUUGUCUAGUCAUUCCUUUGGAUCUAGUCCCUCUGCAAUCCUCUUGUCUCAGAAUUUUCAAGACCUGCUCCAAAUACCUUUUUACCUCAGUUUUAUUCUGUAGUUGUGUGUUACCAUCUUGUAUUUGGCCUCUGUUUUUUUCAAGUCUGCAUUUUUAUUCUUUGGAGUAUGUUUUUGUAAUGGUAUGUUGUCAAUUGUGCAAAAUGAUAUUUUUGGCAGAUUUCUGAGGGAAAAUAUUUUGAGGAAACUCAAUUGAUUUGAUGCUCAGGAGACUCAGACUACAGCACAGAAAUUGAUUUUACAUUGCAGGUUGUGUGGAAGUAAUUCAUAAUGGGGAAGGGGAGUCAUUGAUUACCUCAUCAGAUCUUGUUACACUAUUUCAAACUUGUUAAACUAUUUCUAGUGAUGCAGGUCUGCCGAGAAUCUCGUCACCUUCCUUACUCAUUAGCAUGCUCAAUGUUUCUGGUAAGACUGGUCAUUGAAGACUAAUCCUGUUACUGUAAGUUAAUGAAUCUCUUUUGCAAAGCUAGAGUGAAACCAACCACAUGUGUUUUUUGUAAGUGAUAAUUGUUAUAAGGAAGGGUGUCUUUACUGUAUCCCAGCAUUUGUGAGGUGAAAAUUCAUUUUGGCAUUUAUCAUGUCUAUUGGCUUCAUGAAGAUUGAGCAUGAAGAUUAUGGCAUCUUCAAUGCAAUUUUUUGCAAUUAAAGUAGGGAAAUUAUGCAAAGUUGAAAAUUGAUUAGUGUGUGCUAUUGGCAAUCUAUAAAAAUAGAUGCCUAUUGUUUCUUACACCCCACCUCAAGAAUGCUAGGGUAUGUGUUGUUAAGCUGCUUAUAUGCAUUCAUGAAGAAUUUAAUUUCCAAUGUUUCCAUCGUUGUUCAUUUUCCUAUCCCAUUCUCUUCCUUUUAAGUGUGCAAUAUCUUAACAAAUGUUGCAAUAAAUAAAUUGCCAC